GGUUGAGCUAGGUUCAUAAAUAAACAACAAACUGAUGAUUGUUAAUUGUGCGAAAAAUACGCCAGCGAGCGGGUGGAACAGCAAUUGCGGGGGCGAAAGUGCAGCGGCCGUUUCCAGUACAGGUCCCCAAAUCCAGAAAGAGGCCUGCAGUGACAAAAUGCAGAAAAAAGGAGAAGCCAAGAAUGCCACCCUCAAAUACGUGAGCCUGGUGACUCUCACCUUGCAAAACUCGCUUCUGGGUUUGAGCAUGCGAUUCGCCCGAACCAGAGAUGGGGACAUGUUCAUCUCAUCCACAGCGGUUCUGAUGUCCGAGGUGGUGAAGUUUAUCAUAUCCUUGGCCCUUGUCUACUUGGAAACGGGCAGUCUGUCCGUAUUCUUGGGCACUGUUCAUCGGCAAAUCAUCAAAGAGCCCCUGGACACUCUCAAAGUAUGCGUCCCUUCGUUUGUCUACCUGGUGCAGAACAAUUUAUUGUACGUGUCAGCCUCCCAUCUGGAUGCCGCCACUUAUCAAGUGACUUACCAGUUGAAGAUCCUAACAACCGCCUUGUUCUCCGUGUUCAUUCUCAAAAGAACCUUGAUCAGAACGCAGUGGAUUUCGCUGCUGACGCUCGUCAUCGGUGUGGUGUUGGUGCAGCUGGCCGAAGGCCACGAGCAAAGCUCAUCGAAGAAUGCUGAAGGCCAAAACCGGUUCGUUGGAUUCACGGCGGCGCUAACGGCUUGCGGCCUCUCAGGUUUCGCUGGCGUCUACUUUGAAAAAAUCCUGAAGGGAAGCGACGUGACUGUCUGGAUGCGGAAUGUGCAACUGGCGCUUUGCUCCAUCCCACUGGGGCUGAUCUCCUGCUACGCAUACGAUGGACGGGCCAUCGCCGAGAAAGGAUUCUUCUUUGGCCACGACCAGUUCGUGAACUAUUUGGUGUUAUUACAAGCGGGCGGCGGCCUGAUUGUAGCAGUCGUCGUCAAGUAUGCCGACAACAUCUUAAAAGGCUUCGCCACAUCAAUGGCCAUUGUGAUUUCGUGCGUGGCUGCAAUCUACCUAUUCGGCUUCCAGUUGAGUGCCCAGUUCGUGUUGGGGGCGGCCUUCGUCAUUUUGUCGAUAUUCCUGUACGGCUACCAACCCAAGAAAACGGACGCUCAAGGAGUCUUUAAGGUAUAGCGGCACCAAUUGGGAGCUGAUUGUUUGCCCGUGAUAAGGACGCCAAAUUGACUCGAAUUGUUCAUUGGGGUCCAGGUGUAUUGACUUUAGUUACUCAGAAUAGCCUUAAUUAUAAGUGCUUCAACUCGA